UAGAGGAGGGUCCAUUUAAAGGUCUAUUAUGUAGAAUCAUCAUGCGUAGAAGAUGAACAGUGAGUUUAUACAACUCAAGAAAGAAAGUUUGUCAGCUGCUCACAAUACAUUAGCAAUGGCCAAAGCUUGUAAUGGACUGGACUCUGCCAAGUUUAAGAUUGAUGAUGCUAAUCAUUAUCAUAUCAUGUCAACUUUUGAUACUAAACUCCCUGAAAAUGAAAAACACAAAAAAGAGACCCUUGAUAAUAACCGGAACAAGUUGGCAUACACGGUUACAGAUAUCCCUCCCUGGUACCUUUGCAUCUUCCUGGGAAUUCAGCAUUACCUAACUGCACUCGGAGGUAUUGUUGCCAUCCCCUUGAUCUUGUCCAAGGAACUCUGUCUGACGUACGACCCUCUAACCCAGAGUCACCUGAUUAGUACCAUCUUCUUUGUCUCUGGCAUCUGCACCCUACUACAGGUCUUGUUUGGUGUCAGGUUGCCAAUCUUACAAGGAGGAACUUUUGCAUUUCUGACCCCAACCCUAGCCAUGCUGUCCCUUCCCAAAUGGAAAUGCCCGGAGUGGACACAAAACGCCAGCCUGGUUAAUGCCAGUUCUCCCAUAUUUGUGGAAGUUUGGCAGUCACGGAUACGGGAGGUUCAAGGGGCCAUCAUGGUCGCUUCCUGUUUUCAGAUAUUUGUAGGAUUUUCUGGCCUAAUUGGUUUUCUCAUGAGGUUCAUCGGACCUUUAACUAUCGCUCCCACCAUCACCCUUAUAGCUCUUCCUCUUUUCGAGUCUGCAGGACGAGACGCUGGGACCCACUGGGGGAUCUCUGCCAUGACAACUUUCUUCAUAGUUUUAUUUUCUCAGUAUCUGAGAAAUAUUGCUUUGCCGCUGCCGGCGUACACAAGAUCCAAGAAGUGUCACUUCUCCAAGAUUUACCUCUUUCAAAUCUUCCCGGUCCUCCUUGGAAUCUCCAUUUCUUGGAUAAUUUGUCACAUUUUGACAAUUACCAAUACCUUUCCAUCCAAUCCAGACAGUUAUGGGUAUUUGGCUCGAACUGACGUUAAAGGACCUGUUUUGAUGCAAGCACCAUGGUUUCGCUUCCCGUAUCCAGGCCAAUGGGGUGUACCAACCAUCAGUCUGGCAGGAGUAUUUGGGAUUUUAGCUGGCGUUAUCUCAUCAAUGGUUGAGUCUGUAGGGGAUUACCAUGCAUGUGCCCGGCUCUCUGGGGCACCACCACCUCCUAAACAUGCCAUUAACAGAGGCAUAGGAAUAGAAGGGAUUGGCUGUCUUUUGGCAGGAGCGUGGGGUACUGGAAAUGGUACUACCUCAUAUAGUGAGAAUGUGGGAGCCCUGGGGAUUACAAGGGUUGGGAGUCGGAUGGUUAUUAUUGUUGGAGGGGUUCUGAUGCUUUUCAUGGGCAUGUUCAGUAAAAUUGGUGCUGUGUUUGCUACUAUCCCAACACCAGUGAUUGGAGGAAUGUUUUUGGUGAUGUUUGGGGUCAUUGCUGCCGUUGGAAUCUCUAAUUUACAGUUUGCAGAUAUGAAUUCUUCAAGAAACAUCUUCAUAGUUGGAUUUUCAAUAUUUUCUGGACUAACCGUCCCAAAAUGGGUGAACAAUAAUGUAAAACUUAUUGAAACAGGGAUUGUUGAGCUGGACCAGGUCAUUCUUGUUCUCCUGACUACAGGCAUGUUUGUAGGGGGAUUCUUUGGUUUCUUUCUGGAUAACACCAUACCAGGUACAAAAGAAGAGCGCGGGCUCAUUGCUUGGAAUGAGGUUCAUGGAGAGGAAACUGAAGAUUCUUCAGAUGUGUAUGACCUUCCUUUUGGUAUUGGUACCAGGUUCUGCACAGCAUCAUGGCUCAGAUACAACCCAUCCUGGCCCAAACCGAGGAAGCAAAGCCAAGAAAGUGCCCAAGAAAAUGGAAACAUGAACAAUUACAUAGAAUCUCAUCACUGAGUAUGAAAGGAAUCGGAUUAACAGUGGUGCUGUAACUCAGCCACGUGUACAGUGCUCCACAAUGUGUGGUCCCUUCAAAACAGUAUUUUAGAGAAUACAGCACUAUUAUUCAAUUGAAUCCAAACUGAGAAAUGUGUUUUAGUUGUGCUUGUGAUCUAGAGUCGUUCUCUUAUUUAUAUAAAUCUAAUGACUGUAAAUUUAUUGAUGAAUGUGCAAUCGAAUAGGCAGCUAAGAAUACAUCUUAUUACAGCAUUGUGUGAGGUUCUUCCAUCUAAAAAACAAAAAUACUCUAGUAUUUGUUUGUUAUAAUAAGACAAAUCUGUAAUACUUGCUUUGUGCUUCUAGGAAAAAAUCUUAAAACCUCCAAUAUAUUUUAUUUAGAGCCAGACCUGAGUUACUUAAAGGGACAUAAAACCCACAUUUUUUCUUAAAUGAUUUAGAAAGAGCAUGCAAUUUUAAACAACUUUUCUAUUUACUUCUAUUAUCUACUUUGCUUCAUUCUUGAUAUCCUUUGUUGAAAGGCAUAUAUAAAUAGGCUCAGUAGCUGCUAAUUGGUGGUUGCCUCGUGUAAUUGGCUCACCCAUGUGUAUUGCUAUUUCUUCAACAUAGAAUAUCUAAAGAAUGAAGCGCAUUAGAUAAUAGAAGUUAAUUGGAUUUUUUUUUAAAAUAGUAUUUUCUAUCUGAAUCAUGAAAUAAACAAAAAUGGGUUUCAUGUCCCUUUAAAAUGUUAAAGGGAUGCAGUUUGUCACUUGCUUCAACCUCUCUCAUUGCUGGUUGCCAGAAUUGUUGGAUAUUUUUUGAACAUGCAAUUGCCUUGUUCAUCUUAAUAAAAUGAACAAAAUCCAACCUUA